UAUAUCCUUCCACUCUUGUUUCUCGGACUUUAAACUGCGAUUGAAUAGAUAUGGCAUCAACUUCGACAGCGCAAAAACUUAGUUACGAGUGGCCAGAGUCCAUACUGACGUUUGAAGGGCUUUUUAAUACGUAUUCAAGCUCUCGUCAUCCGUUUUCGAUAUUCAACAUCUCUCUUUUCCGAUGGAGACCAUCCCUCCCCUCGUCUGCCAUGCUCGAACCUCUCCUGACAAUGGCUUCCAAUACCCUACAUCCCGAACAACAACCUACAAUAAAAGCUCUGAUUGGUCUCCAGACAUACACAACCCAACUUAGAGAUGCUGUUCGCGUUAGACAACUGGAUAUGGGAGACAAAGAGGUGCAAGGACGGCUUGAUGAACUUGUGAAGGGUUAUGCCGCUGCUGGAAAUGUGAUAGCGAGGAUUCUAUGGGAAUCAGAUGGAGAUAAAGGCAGAAUACGCUCACAUGAUUUACACAUUGCUUUGAAGCAAUCGAUUGGUAGCUUCUUCGCCGUUCGUUCAUUGCUUGAAACCUCGUUGGCUACCAGACACGACACACAUAUUCUGGGUUCCAUACUCCCGUCCAUUCCACCUUACCAUCAAUCAUUCCUUUCUCCUAUUCUCGAACAUUGCCGGCAUAUCAUCACGUCUCUCGAGACAAACCCCUUCCGCCCUCUUGCUCACUCCAAAUUGCCCAAUGCUGCUCACCAGCUUUCGAGAGAUUUGACAGAUACUGAAGUCACCUGCCUGCUCGAAUAUCUACAAACUAUCAAUGAGGGGCUCUCAAAUAUUGGCGAGAUCGACUCUCUUAAUUCGACGUCACUUGUGGGCAAGGUGGCAAAAGCGAAAGAGAAACAUAUGAAACAAGAGAAUGAGCAUCGACCUUUGAGAGUGAGGAUGGAAGUCAUGUUGCUCAGAUGUGACCUAUUGUUGAGUAUGACGAAUAAGAGGAUGAGUGAGGUGAAAGCUAGAGCUGCGCGAAGAAUGAGUGGAGAGGAGAGUCAGGGAGCCGCGGAAGAGAAGGUGGAAUCUGAGGCUAGGAAUAGGAGUAAAAGCAGAGAGAAGAGCAGGAGCAAAAGUAUUGACAAUAUGCGCGACAUGUCCGACACCAGUACCAACAUUGUUCCCUUUUGUGCUGUCACCUCCACAUUCUCGUCAUCCGAUACCCCUAGCAGUUUUAUCGAAUGGGAAGUCCUCACGGAGGAAAGUCUUAUCGACUGUUUCGAUUUUGCUGCCUCUUUUACUGAAAAUGAUAGUAUAGCUGUUCUUACAAAGUCGAUUAAUCUUUCAGACUGGCUUGGCGCUACUUCUCCCCAACUGAAAACCGGUACCAAGUCCAAAACGCAAUCACAUCCUUGCCCCUUGUCCACAAAUAUGUCGGACGAUGAAGACUUUGAUCUUGAUUCCUCCACAUCCUUUAUCUCUGAAGACGACAAUGAUGAAGCCGAAGGCUCCUACUAUCGGUGCCCAUUACGCACUCUCUUCGCCCUGCACGAUCGCUAUGAAGAACAGCGUCUCGCUAUCUGGCUUACGCUCCCUACCUCAAAACGGGGUAAGAUGACAGCAUUCAUGAGAGGUGGAAAAGAUGGAGAAAUCGGGAGAGCUUGGGAUGGCUUGGGAAUGAAUGUUAUGUCGGUGGUCUGUGGCUCCAGCUUAAUCUCUUAUUACGGCCUCGCACCUGAUAAGCUCAGCAAAUGGACAGAUCUUAUAGCUGUUCGGCAAGCCAAGAGGAGCCGGAAAAAAGGGAAGGAAGACGGACUAAUCUCUCAAGUACGACCUCUUAAUCAAAACGACAUAUGACUAAGGAUUGGGGAUAUGAAAGGCAUUGAGGUGUCUCGUAAUCAAUAACGGAGUAAUGCAAGGGCUAUGAAUGCUGCAACUGAGGGAAAUAAAUGCGUUUUGAUGGUUGGUAAUUUAGAGCUGAUGAAGGAUUCAAAUGUACACAAGUUGGAGUUUUAGAGUUCGUUUAUGGCGUUCAGCGGUAAAGGAGAUAUUCUUUUCUACUCUGUAAGUCUUUCUUUUAUCUGACAGUCUGACGGGGUGUAUGAGACCGGCGGUAGAUGUAGAGUUAUUAAGACACGGUAUCUUUACACAAUGCCGAGGCUAAAUAAUUACUGUAGUCUGCCGUUAUCCUGCAAAUUUGUACUGCUCUACCAAACGUUUUAUUCAUG